CUGAAUGAGCCCGAGCCCCCGCCGGAAUUUUCUUCCGGGGCCGAAUUUUAUUGGCUUCCUUGUUUAUCGCUGAGUGUUUACGUCUGCAGAACCGACUGAACAAGAAGAAAGAGAAGGCUAGAGAAGAUAGGAGAGGUGCAAAACAAAAAGAUUUAUUUCACAAUGAUUUCUGUUUCAGAAAUGAUGGCAUUCUCAAAAUCUGAGAAGAACUUCUUAGAAGAUAACCUGCUUGACGCCAACGAUUGGGAGAAAGGUGAUCCCUAUGGAUUUGAAGACUAUAAUAUCAAUCCAGUGACUUCCCUCAACCCAGACCAGUUUGACUUUGGCAAGAAAAACACAGCUCCUCUACAAGCUGAUGAUCUCGAUAGCUGGUUUCAGACUGAACUGCAAAAUAUCAUCACACAAGAUGAUAUAACAAUGAAAAAAUGCAUUAAGGAGGAACCUUUAUCCCCACCACCUCAAACACACGAAAACAUUAUUUUAAAUGAAAAAAUAAAUAUUUUAACGACAAACACACAAACUGCUAAUCCAACAACAAAAAUGACAAAAAUUGCACCAAUCGCCUCUCCAAUCCUGCCAACAAAUUCAGUUCAUGUAAAAAGUGUUGGGGUGGGAAUAAAUAACAAGAUAUUGAUCAAUGGAAAGACAAAUCAACCAACAUCUCUCGUUACCCAGGAAACUAAAGUUCUCUCUUCUUCUAACAUGAUUAAACUUGAAAAUGGGCAAUAUUAUGUGUCUACUGUUCCUGUAAAACCUCCAGCGAAUCUUCAAGGCAAUGUGGUUGUGACUGGCACAAAAAGACCUUCUAAUGUAAAAACUGAAACUUUAUUGCCUCAAAACUUAGCAGAAUUGAAAACAUACAAAAGACAAAUGAGAAUGAUGAAAAAUCGUGAAUCAGCUUGUUUAUCCAGACAACGUAAAAAACAGCAUGUUACUGAGUUGGAAAGCCGUGUAAAUCAAAUGGCUGCCUUAAAUAAAAAGCUUCGGGAAGAAAAUGAAAAGUUAAAAGAAAGAAUUCAAAGCCUUGAGUGUGAGAACUCAUCACUUCGUUUGGUUCCAGAGAAAACUUAUCUAAAGCAAGCUACAAAGUCGACGCUACUGUUUGCGAUAGUUUUGUUAUUUAUCUUCAAUCCAUUUACCGCGAUAAAUGAUAAAAACGAACUUCCAAUUUCCUCUCCAAAUAUAAUGAUGCCACACCACAGAAGUCGGUCGUUACUUCAAUUUGAUAACUCGAACAUCAAAAACUUUGAUUACUCAUUUUCCAAGAACAAUUACAACGCAAAUAAAUACUAUUUCAAUGAUGUAUUCAACAAAAAACGCAAGUCUAAAGUUUACAAGAUCAGACAAAAAAGUAGCAAGGACUUCACCUUAAGCAGAGAUUUAUCAAGACAUGUUGGUUUUUCGGAUACCGAUAUUGACUGUGGCGAACAGUUUAACAAAACAGAUCUUAACAGAAUCAAUCAAGCACUUCAAGGUCUUGUGAAGGGUUUGAAUAAACGCAGACAUGUCAAACGAAAGACAAACAAUCUGUUUCGACCAAGAAAUAGUCUCAACAUGACAGAUGAAAAAAUUAAGCGAAAGCCAAGCAACUGUAAUGGUAGUUAUCUUCCAACACCACGGCCUCUCUUACCAACUAAAAAUAUCAGGCCUGCAAAAUACAAGAAAGUGAUGCCAGCCAACAGAUAUCCUGUCAUCAACAACACAUCACAACAAUUGGUUCAAGCCAUCCAAAAGUCGAUCAGCCGCAAAGCAGAUACGUUCUAUGUAGUAUCCUUAUUAAAGGAUUACAUAAUACUUCCAGCGACCAAUUACAAUCAAACGCAGAGACCUAAAGUAUCGUUCAUACUACCUGCUUUUCACCCGCAUUCUAAUGAUUCAUCCAUCAACGAUGCAAAUAAACAGCAGAUGCUGCUCAUUGACUGCAAUGUCAUCGAUACCAAGUUAAUUCGACUUGAUCAGUCAACACUUUCAAAAUACUCUUUCAUGCAAGUGAAAUCUUAAUCGAGUACACCUGGUUUCCACACACACAUUUACCUUGCAGACGUUUUUGUACAUACAAAGCAGACAUCACUAUUGUGGUGUUAUAUAUUAAACACCUGGUUUCCACACACCUUGCAGGCGGUUUUGCACAUACAAAGCAGACAUCACUAUUAUAAUGGAAUAUAUUAAGCUAUAUUUAAUAGGUUGUAUCGUAGAAGUUUGUUCGAUACUAAAGCGACGCGUUUUAAGUGUUUAAUUGUGUUGUAUAUAGCAUAUAUGAUUUUAACAAGUCGCCGCAAUUUUUUGAAUAUUGGUUGCGAGUCCCCUGAAAACUUUUCAGCUUUUCAGGUUUUUUUUUUCGUUUCACAAAAUGCUAACCAGAGCAGUGUAUGUGCCUAUCUAGCCAUUAUUCAAGUAAAGAAUGGCCAACAAACAAUGUUCCAUCUUUUUUCUCUCGCAUUUCAACGACCGUACUUAUUUCGUGCAUUGUGUACAAGAAAAGUCGGAAUUUUGUGCUAUACUUACGUGUUUAGUUGAGUUUAUAAAAUAUAUUUUCGUUUAGUUAGGUAGUAACAUCUUACAAAUGUUGAAAGUGUUUAGCGUAAGGAACAAAACUUUAAGAUUUUUGUUUUGUUUUUCUUUUAGACUUUCUCUUUACACUUUUCUCAUGUAAAUAGACUUCCAAUUAAUUUGUAUAUAAGUUAUUGAUUUUAAUUAUAUUUUAAUUAUAUUCUCGUUCAUAUUUUCCAUGCAAUCGUGUAUUUUUAAUAAUUAAUUUAACCUU